AUGUUGCGUGAUCUGGUCUCCUCGAAAGACGGCGAAAUUUCGGUCUACACAUUUACAAAUAGGUCGCUGCCUGGCGUGCUGGGCGACCCAGAUAUUCAGCUCCGCGUCUCAGGCCGCCCGGAAUCUUCUGCUACAAGUCAUGACCGGAUGCUUGCGGCGUACGUUACUCCGUCUACCCUCCGAUGCAUCAAUCGACGAGGCGAGCAGAAGCGGAAUUCUCUUUUGACGGGAGGGUGCUAUGGCUCUAUAAACCGGACUGCGGAAUUUUGGGGGGGGGGGAAUCAUACCGACAAGCUUCUUGCUAUCAAUGCGUCUAUAGGCUCCGUCAUCUCUCAGGUGGAUUUGGGAAGCACGGGACAUGGGGCGCGAUUUGUUGCCCAUCCAAAUAACCCAUUUGUGCUUCUGGAUGUUGGAGAGGUUCAAGAUGGAUCACCGCUAUACAUGUUCUAUUUGGACGAGGCUGAAUCUAUCCAACUAUAA